UCGAAGUCAUUACAAAAUGAACGACACACAGGCGAGGAAAAAGCAUUUAGUAAACAAGGCUGUAUCAGGUCGGUCGACUGGCCUAUUUGUUUAUUUUUUAUAAAAUAUGUAAAUACGAAAUUCAAAGUGCUAUUUGUGUUUAUGUGUUUGUAAUCGUAAUGUCAUCAGCAACCCCCUCGCCCCCAAGUAUACAUUCUGAUGAAGAAGAUUCAAGAGACACAACCUCGUCUGGAUUCUCCACAACUGGUAUACACAAAUAUAAUACAAAUCAUGGCAUAGAUUCUUCUCAUAAAGGAGUCUGCAAAGUCAGUGCAAUAACGUCACACGGAGUGGCUGAUAUACUUUCGGAAGGUGUAAAUUACAAUCCUUCAGAUAAUGCGUUCUCAGAAUAUAAACCAGAAAAUCUAGCGACGAUACCUCAAGCAUUCGUACAAGACUAUAAUUCUAGAGAUUCAACUGGAUUUAGCAUUCAAGAUAUCCUUGGAUUACCGCAGUCAUAUAACCCAUCAACUACACAAGAAGAACUGGAACCGAGAUACGAUUACCAAAUUCCGAACUAUGAAACAAUAAGUAACAGUCCCAAUAAUAAUUACGGAUCCGGUACUGAGGAAGUGAUUUCGGACGAGUGCAUGGACAAAAAUGAAAACCUGUUUGCAAAUGCACAAGUUGCCAAUCAAGUUUACAACAGAAGUUAUGCAAUUAGCGAAUCGGUGCAGUGUCAUCAAAGAAGCAGUCUGAGCGGAGAUGGUGUAAAAGAUCCAGGACGAGACUUAGUCGACUUACAUGAAUCAAAUUUUCCCAACCAGAACCCUGUAUGGAGUAACAAAGCUAUUAUAUCUAGCAACCCUGUUCUAAGAACUGCUUCUUCUUUACCUAGCAGCGAAAUGUCUUCCGAGUCAUCCUCCUAUCAAAAAGGCUUCACAAAGAGAGCAAGAACAGCCUACACAAGUUCUCAACUAGUAGAGUUAGAAAAUGAAUUUCAUCAAAACAGAUACCUCUGUCGACCAAGACGGAUUGAACUUGCAAACUACUUACAGCUAUCGGAACGGCAAAUCAAGAUAUGGUUUCAAAAUCGUCGAAUGAAAUACAAGAAAGAUAACAAGCACAAUAAGCCAUCGUCAUCAGUAGAUGACAAUAGUCCAUCAACAAAUUCUAAAGAAUUAUCACCUAGUCAAGACCAUAAGAUGAGUCACGGAAGAAGUUGUGGAGGACACGAUCGUCACCGACGACUUUUAUCAGAUGGCCACGCGGCCCACAAGAUCUAUGUCACAUCUAACGAUGCUCUUUCAAGGCCUCCAGAGUACACAUCUAUUAACACAUUAAAGUCGGUUAUCAAAGGACCUCAGAGUACUAUCGAGCUGCCUUCGUACACACCCAACCUGUCUUAUUCAUCGUAUUAUACUGCAAGCUCUAGUCGUCCAGCUUACUCACCCAUGUCUGAAGUUUAUCGGUACACCAACGAUGAAUCACUGCAGUCAAAUUCGAAUACUCUAGCUACGAUACCGACAGAUAGCUACGUUCCUAACGGAGUGAACUUAAAACUGCCCGAUGAUGUAACUAGGUACGCAUCCAGUACGCCAUAUUACAAUCCGUUACCUAGCGGGAUGGUGAUGCAUCCUCCGACAACUGAUGCUUAUGGUUUCAGUACAACUACUUUACCAACUAUCGCCGCUCCAACUUAUGAUGAUAGCAACAUUCACACCAGGACAACGAAUUUACCACUGACACAAGAUCCAUACUUUUCAUAUUUAGCAUCUUCUGAAGCAUCUAACCAGCAAACAUCAAGUGCCACUAGCAAAUAUUCAUCAUACAUCACUUUAUAAAUUAUUAUUUUUUAAAACGAC